AUGGAGGAGAAUGACCCCAAGCCCAGCGAAGCGGCGGCGGCGGCGGCGGUGGAGGGGCAGCGGCAGCCGGAAUCCAGCCCCAGCGGCGGCUCGGGCGGCGGCGGCAGCAGCCCGGGCGACGCGGACACUGGCCGCCGGCGGGCUCUGAUGCUGCCCGCGGUCCUGCAGGCGCCGGGCAACCACCAGCAUCCACACCGCAUUACCAACUUCUUCAUCGACAACAUCCUGCGGCCCGAGUUCGGCCGGAGAAAGGACGCGGGGACGUGCUGCGCCGGCUCCGGAAGAGGCAGAAACGGCGGAGGCGGCGGCGAAGGCGGCGCGGGCGGCGCGGAGGGAGGCGGUGGCGCGGGCGGCGCCGAGCAGCUCCUGGGGUCGGGCCGGGAGCCCCGGCAGAACGCGCCGGGUGCGCCGGGUGCGGUCGGGCCGCUGCCCGGCGGUGGCGGCGGCGACUCUCCGGGUGACGGCGAAGGCGGCUCCAAGGCGCUCUCGCUGCACAGCGGCGCCAAGAAAGGCGGAGACGCCGGGGGCCCCCUGGACGGGGCGCUCAAGGCCCGCGGCUUGGGCGGCGGCGACCUGUCUGUGAGCUCAGACUCGGACAGUUCGCAGGCCAGCGCCAACCUGGGUGCGCAGCCCAUGCUCUGGCCGGCUUGGGUCUACUGCACGCGCUACUCGGACCGACCUUCUUCAGGUCCCAGGUCUCGCAAACCAAAGAAGAAGAACCCCAACAAAGAGGACAAGCGGCCCCGCACGGCCUUCACGGCGGAGCAGCUGCAGAGGCUCAAGGCCGAGUUCCAGACCAACAGGUACCUGACGGAGCAGCGGCGCCAGAGCCUGGCCCAGGAGCUCAGCCUCAACGAGUCACAGAUCAAGAUUUGGUUCCAGAACAAGCGCGCCAAGAUCAAGAAGGCCACGGGCAACAAGAACACGCUGGCCGUGCACCUCAUGGCGCAGGGCCUGUACAACCACUCCACCACCGCCAAGGAGGGCAAGUCGGACAGUGAGUAGGGGGUGGGCGCCAAGCCCAGUCUCAGUCCGAGCUAAACAAUGCAAUAAUUUAAAAUCAUAAAUAAAGGGCCAGUGUAUAAAGAUUAUACCAGCAUUAAUAGUGAAAAUACCGUGUAUU